CACGGUCGUAUGGCAAAGAGAGGCAUGGAUGCCUACAUUCGUUUGUUCGUUCCUCCGUUUUACUGUAGAGUUCAUUGUGGUAGAAUAGCUAUGGCUGCAAUGUUCUAGCGUAGGUAGAGAUCUAGGCGAGCGAUUCUUGUUCCGCGUCUAGCGUGACGACUCCCACCAUCGGCUGAUCAAAUUCGCUGGAAAAAUUUCUGGACUAACAUAUCUUCUUAAGUUUUCUAACGAAAUCCAAAACGCGACACCAGAUUUGCAUCGAUCUAGCACAGGAAUAGAGCAAACGGAUUCAUGGAUUUGCCUCGGACGUCUAUAAUCUCGUGCCCGUGGGCUGUACGGCGGAGAGAUGGACGAGAAAUGGAGGAGCUGUGUCCAUGGCAACACGGGGAAUGGUUCCGAGCCAGCAGCGCGCGAAGCUAUAUAGCAAAAGCUAGCUUGUAGCAAGAUUCAUACAUGUAAGAAAGGCUACCACGGGACGAAAUUGGGACUUCAUCGGCAGAGGGAGGAGGAGGAGGAGGAGGAGGUGAAGGCGACGAAAGCUGGAGACGCGCUCUCGACAAUCGCUUCCAUGGAGCUUACCUCUCCACGGCCACCCAGCGCAGCGAUGGAGCGGCCCUCCCAUUCAUUUUUGGAGCUCAGCAGCAUUUCAGUGCUGCAGGAGCACCUGCUGGGCCGUCGUCUUCGUCGUCGUCCUCGUCGUCCUCACACAAGGACCCCUUCCUGAUCGUCGGCAGGGAUCCCUCUUCCUCGACGCCCUGCGCUGCUGGGCAUCAUCAACCCGUCGGCAUGUCUGCAAGCAGGCGAUCAUCCUCGGAGCAGCAGCCACAGCCGCAACCGCAACCGCAGCAAUCCUUGUCUCUGGACCUGGAAGAGCAACAAGGUCGGGCUGCUCCCCCCACCUUCGUCUCGUACAUGGGCAGCCGACUGCCCGUGGCUAUGGCGAUUAGUAGAGAUCAACACGACCAAUUCUACCAGCUUAACAGAUUGCCUUACGAGUCGAUCCCCAGCUCGAGGCAGCCACCGGCACAUCCGCAGCAGCAGCAACACGUGCUGGAAGGGGGAUUCUUCUGGCCUGGGGCAGCUCGCUCUGCAGGAGGGGUGCCUCCGCAUUUCAGCUCAGGUCCAGUGGCAUAUGGCUUGCGCGAUUCGCCGGCAAGGCAAGAGCAAGAGACGGCGGGUCUCGUAAUUCCCAAGCAUAUGGCGAGGCCGCAGCCGCAGGCAAGCAGAUCCGACGAACCCAACACCCUGGAUAUGAACGUGCGAGGUAUGAACCUCUUAGCACCCCAGCAGCGUUCAUGGCCCGACCACCACCACCAGCAGCUGGCGCAAUUUCAUCAACUGCACCAGCUUCAGCUGCAGCAGCAGCAACACGCUCAGCAGCAGCAGCAACAGCAUGUACAGCAUCAUCAACAACAGCAGAAUAUUCAUCACCAAAGGCCAGACUCUCCCACUGUUGUUGCUCAGCUCCACAGAUCGGGCUUGCAGCCGAUUCUCCAGCACGAGCAGCAGCAUCAUCAGCUCCACCAGCAGCUUCAACAAGCUGGGCAGCAACAGCAGCACAAUUUGCUGGCAAGCAGCUCCAGCACGGCCAGCGCCGGCGGGAGCAGCACCUGUAAGGAAUGCGGCAACCAGGCCAAGAAGGAUUGCGUGUACCAGAGGUGCCGGACUUGCUGCAAGAGCCGAGGUUUUGAGUGCUCCACACACGUUAGGAGCACCUGGGUCCCGGCUGCCAAGCGACGAGAGCGGCAGCUCGCCGAGGCUGCAGCCGUCGCAUCGGGCCAGCCCCGUCCCAAAUCCAAGCGGAACCGAGUCAUUGCCAUGCAGCAGCAACAGCUUCAGCUGCAACACCAACAAUCCUCGGCCGAGCAGGUCAUGAUCUUAGACGAGGAUAUUACCGCCGUCACCCCCACCACCACCAACACCUCCAAUUCCCCUCACAGUGACGCCAGGCAGCCGCAAGAUGCAGGCAGCUUGCCCUCGGAGGUGAGAGCCCAGGCGGUUUUUAAGUGCGUCAAGGUGACGAGCGUGGAGGACGGUGGGGAGGACGAGUUUGCGUAUCAGGCAGUGGUCCGAAUAGGGGGCCGGAUCUUUAAGGGAGUGUUGCAAGAUCACGGCGUUGAUGCUGGUGGAAGCAUCAGUGGCGACACGACCAGCCUGGGUGAUCUCCAGCAAGGUGGUGGUGGUGGUGCUGCUGCCGCUGCUACCGUGGGAGGAGGAGCAACAGCAACUGGAGGAUCGCCCACCCCUCCGCAGCUCUUGCAGCUGGAUCCAAUGUUUCAUGGAGGAGGGUCAUCAAGCCAGAGCCACAGUCACCACUUCCACCAAAGCUCUAGUAGAGAGGUAGAGUGACAAUUUAUUUGUCCUAGAAUUGUUGCUCGUGGCGAGAGCGUGUAAAGAUUCAUCUCGCAAUGAGAAGUCAACGGUCUCAACCAAGCCAUGUGUGCUUGACACGUCGGAUUGUUUUCAACGGUAAACUGCCACGUCCGCCUUUGGCUAUGGCUGCUCUUCACAGGAUGCGUCUCUCGUUCCGGUCGCUGGGUUGCGGCCUCUCGUGGAGCUUCAAAGGUAGGGCGAGGCGGCGCUUCCUGUGGUGGGGCAAGCGAGACGAUGAGAUGCGUGCCAAGGCGACAGUCACAGCCAAGGUGAAGGGAGUGCUACUCCACCUGAGAAUUUUCAUGCUUCUUGGCCCGGCCCCUCAUGGCGGACCUGCGAGUCAUGGUGCUGGGAUUUGGAGGAGGGUGGACUAUUCCGCUCGGAUCAGCUGCUGGAAGAGCUUCCUCAAGCUCAAAGGAAGCAGCGUUCGUGCUACCACAAGUAGCGCUGGGCCGAGCCGUCCAAGCCCAAGUGUUGCCUCGUCGCAGGUACAAAAUGGUACCUCGAAUAUGUUCCAGGCCAUUGUCACCAGAGUUUUCAGCAGAUGGUCUCCUUCACAGCUUUUCAAAAGCUUUGAAUGCUCUUACCUGCUUGGAUUUCUGGGUCUGGCUUGGAACUAUAUGUGGGAGAAGUUUUUAGAAGCGUUUGCAAUUGUCGUGGCUUUGAUAGUCGAUUUGAUUAUUCGUAAACUUACAAUGUCACUCAAAUAUUUUUAUGCAAGAAGAUAGUUUGAUUA